AUGGACACAUACAUUGACAAUCGCUUUGAGCGCUUGGAAAAGGCUCUCGCUAAUCUCAUUGACUCGGUCACCAAGUACCACCCCUCCACCGUCCAGGCAGAGGAGCUCAAGACGGCCGACGAUGAGCUCUGCAAAGGCCUAGAAGAAGUGCAAACACAUCAAAACAACCACCUCAAGAUCCAGCAGCUUCGCCAGCUAUCCACGUCCUUGGACAGCCAAAUCCGCGAAACACUCACCAGCCUUGCGACAACCCGCAAAGACAUUGUCACCACUCAAGUCACCGUCUAUCCUUCUGAGCCAAACUACCCAAUCGUAUACGAAGAGCUGCUCAGCUAUGCUCGACGCAUCAGCAAAACGUCGAUGCCACCCUCCGCCAUAUUGAAUGCUCUGGCUUCGACGCAAGAGAGCCAGACACCCCUACCCGACUCCCAGACCCAAGCGGGCAUGACGCCCUCUGCUCAGACCCCGAAUCCCACACAAAGCCCUGCUCCUGUGAAUGGCGUACUGCCGUCUGGCCUGCCCGACCUGUCAUCUACACAACAAACCCAGACUUCUCAGCUGACCAGUCUGCCGGAGAAUAUGAGCCAGUUCCUCAAUCCUUUAUCGGGACAACUCUUCUUCCCAUGGCCCCUGGAAGACAAAAUUCGCUCUGGAGCCCUGGCGUCCAACCAAAUCCUGUUGGAGCAAGGCAUCGAUCCCAAAGGCUACGACCCCGUCGCGGAGGAGGAGCGCAAAGCCAAAGAAGAAGAGGAGCGCAAGGAGAAAGAAGAGAAGGAGAAGCAAGAGCGCGCCGAGCGCGAGCGACAGAGGAGGGAAGAGCUGGAACGCCUUCGAAAAGAAGAUUUACUACGGAGAGAAAAAGAACAGGCGGCAUUCCGAAGGGCAAGUACCGCUGCUGGCAUCUCUGGGGAUGCAGCCGUCAACGCGCCUCCCAGUGCAAGGCCCGAGAAGAAGCAGUUUCAGUUUACUAAUCUGGAUGACUUGGAUGACGACGACGAUGAGGAUUAG